UUUGAAAUUGCCACAGACAAAAUUAUUCAUUAACUUAUUUUGGAUAUUAUUAAAAUUGCUUAUUUCCCUAUAUUUUCUCUAUAAAAUGGUAACAUUUUGGAUUGAAAUACAUACAAGUGAUCCGGCAUUGACAAACAUCAGGAAUACAGAACAAUGGUGUUUCUAAGCCUUGUACUUGCGAUGCUCAUACCCACGGCGCUGAGCUAUGAUGCAGCUUAUGACAAAGUUGACGCAAACAAAGUGCUUGCUGAUGACGCUUUGUUUAGAUCUUACGUCGAUUGCUUUCUCGAUAGAAAGCCAUGCACUGCAGAUUUCUCUGAGGAAUUUAAAAAAAUUCUACCCGAAGUUAUAAAAGAAGCAUGCGCUAAAUGUUCGGAACCACAAAAGAAAAACGUAAGAAAGAUUGUCAAAGCUCUUUACGAAAAAUAUCCGGAUGACGCUAUCAAGUUUGCGGAUAAAUAUGAUCCUAAACGCGACUACGAAUCUGCUUUCGCUGCUUUUGUUGCUGAAGAGUAAUUUUAUGUUCUUAACAUAUUUCAAACUAUUUAUUCCCCUUUAACUAUAUAAAAAUAAAGGGUAAUAAAUGUGCGCUGUAAUCCUUUAACGACUACUGGCUUUGUUGUAUUUUAUCUUUUAUAAGCACUUAACGGAGCAUUACUC